AUGAGCACCUAUGUCAGGUUCGGUCUCAACUGCAUCAUGGGAGCCAACAAGCUGUCCAUGGUUUUCCUCGACAAGACUGGCUCGCCGGCGCCUUCGGUCGGGACAGGGGCAACAACAAUGGACGUCUCUGUCCGUGGGCUCAUGGUAAGCUAUUUUCUGGAAGCUAAGAGAGACGAUAUCAAGGCCAACUGCGUGGUGGACAAGGACAACUACUUCGAGUUAUUGUGUUCCGUCAACAUACACUGGAGUCCUUCACCGUUGGAGGAGGAGGAGCUUAUCCCGGAUUUAGGUCAUGAUCUCGCCAUCAUGUCGGAAUACAUUGACGUUUCCUUUGACGUUGCAGGGGAGACCUUCAGCGCGCAUCGCCUGGUGCUCGCGGCCCGAUCGCCCGUCUUCAAAGCAGAGCUCUAUGGCCCGAUGGCUGAAGGCAAGCUGACCUCUAUCACCAUCCAAGACAUGCAGGUCUCUACAUUCAGGUCGAUGCUGCAUUACUUGUACCAUGGCUCGCUCCCCAGUGCUGGCAAGAUGGGUGUUUGUUUUACCACUGCAGAAUACCAACACCUGCUUAUAGCUGCCGAUAGGUACGGGGUAGAGAGGCUAAUGAAGAUCUGCGAGAACAAGCUGUGUGCUCAAGGUAUCACCAUGGACAAUGUGAUCUCGAUGCUGGAGCUCGCGGAGGACCACGUCUGCUCGAAACUCAAAGCUAGGUGCCUUGAGUUCCUCGAUGAUGCUGACAAUUUUAAGAUGGUUGCACUAUCUGAUGAGUACAUCCAUUUGGUGCAGAGCUUUCCAAAUCUCUUUGCUGAAUUGCGGAGUCGGAUCAAGAAAGCACAUGAAAAACCUGCCAUCAUGGAACCUGAUUCUCACAAAAAGACCCGGUUGUGUUAG